GUAUCUCAGUAUUACUAGUUAAAUUAUCAACUAUGAUCAGUCUAUUAUAUCUGUUGAUUGUUACAUUUCUGACCAAUAUACUAAGUGUCCAGUGUCAGAAUAACAUUUAUUGUCCCCGUCGAAAUGCAACCGUUGAGAAAAAGUUCCAAGACAAUUUAAUAAACAAGGAUUUUAGUUUGAACGAAACACAAAGAAAUGAACAAUUAAGUUUCAUUAAAAUACGUUAUCUGAGAAAGAGACAAGUUAAUUGUGGAACCAAUUUAUCAAUAAUCGAUACAUUGAUUCAACCAGAGGUAAAAUUUGAUGUAACUUCGGGUCCAAAUGAUAACAGUUUAUUCACGUUCAUAAUGAUCGGCCCAAUUAAACCGAUUCCAACCCCUUCGUUGUCACUUCUUCACUGGCUGGUUACCAAUAUUCCAGGUAACGAUCUUAAAAACGGAACCACUUUCGCACCUUAUCUCAACCCAUUCCCGAUCGUACUUCAAGGAUCUUAUCGAUAUGUUUUCAUGGUCUAUCGUCAAUCGAGAUACCUUGAACCUGAUCUUCAAGAGAUCGUCCGAUUAGCGUUUGCUGUCACCCCUUGGGCCAUAGAAAACGGGCUUUCAGGCCCAAUAGCGGGAAACUUUUUCUACGAAGCAGUUCCUGGUUAUUACAGUCCAAGAGGAUAGUUAAUUGUAAUUCGAAGAGAAAAACUUUUCCAACUGAUUAAGAUUUUCUAUUGAUUUUCUCUCAAUUUAAUGGUAAUUAAAAUUCUAUUCAUAUGUUCAUCGAAAAUUAAAAUAUUCUCAACAAAAUAAUGAUUCUAAAUAUCUAAUCAAUUGUUAACUAUUCAAUCUAAUUGCAA